GCGAUCAGAAGAGGAUCAGUGUGGGCUCACCUCCACUGUGUGCGCCACGGACCAGGUUAAGGAUUUGGGUUACGUUUAGGCUGUCUCUGUGUACUAUUUCUAAAGUGGGACGUUGUGGAGCUGUGGAAAACGCGGACAUUUAUUGCGGGGGCUCAGAGAGCGAGUGCGUGUCUGUGGUUGGAAACCUGCUGCUGAUCGUCACUGUGCGCUCUUAACCAAGGUGGGGAUCUUUACGAGUCCGACGGAGCAGAAUGAGGUCCUUGUCUGCUUAGCGACCUGUGCCAGUUGAAGAUGAUUCACGUGAGUAAUGAAUCCUAAAGAUCUCCCAACACAACUUGUCAACUCAAGUGGACACAGAUCAGCUCAACAGGUCUCCUGUGAUCAUCUCUCUUUCUCUGGUUUUGGUAACGCCCAGUGAGCAGCCAGGAAAGCCCUCCCUGUCCUGCCUAUGACAUGGUUUAACCCAUAUGCGAUCCGGUCACCAUGAUGGCCUCUGUGGUUGCCAGUGGAAACCGUGAUGGACAGUCUCUGGUCUUGAAAGGGGUGGACCCAGAGACCUGCAUGAUUGUGUUCAAGAACCACUGGGCUCAGGUAGUGAAGAUCCUUGAAAAGCAUGAUCCCCUGCGCAGCAGCUCCGCCCUGUCCUCCCUCAGUGUCAUCAACCUCACCGCCGGCUCUAGCGGCAGCUCUCGUUUCGGCCCCAUCCCUGGAGACGAGGCAAACGCGGUGCAGAAUUAUGUGGAGCACAUGCUGUUCCUGCUGAUGGAGGAGGAGAGCGGUCAGGCCGGAGCCAUGGGCCCCAUCCUGGAGUUUGUGGUGAUGGAGAACGUGAUGGAGCGUCUGUUUGUGUGGAGCCUCCGUCGAGAGUUCACGGACGACAUGAAGCUGGAGCAGCUGAAAAUGUACGAGAUGCUGGUGGGCCAGGCGCGCCAGCCUCUGCUGCACCACAAGCCCAUCCUGCGGCCUCUCAUGAUGCUGCUGUCCUCCUGUUCGAGCACCACUGCGCCCGCGGUCGAAGCCGAGCUGGUGUUGCUGCUCAACCAGCUGUGCUACGUCCUGGCGAAGGACCCUUCAAUUCUGGAGCUGUUUUUCCACACGAGCGAGGAUCAGGGAGCCACCAACUUCCUCAUCUUCUCCCUGCUCAUCCCUUUUAUUCACAGAGAGGGCACGGUGGGCCAGCAAGCCAGAGAUGCCUUACUGCUCAUCAUGUCUUUGUCUGCUGAGAAUGAGCGAGUGGCCAAACACAUCGCAGAGAACACCUUCUUCUGUCCGGUGCUGGCCACAGGGUUGAGCGGCCUGUAUUCAUCUCUGCCCACCAAGCUGGAGGUCCCCAAUGAAGAGUGGCACUGCCUGCACAAAGAGGACUGGCUUCAGAUGCCAUCACUCAUCCAGUUUCUCAACUCACUGGAAUUCUGCAACGCUGUUAUUCAGGUGGCCCACCCUGAUAUCAGAGACCAGCUGGUUAGUUACAUCUACAAUGGUUUCCUUGUGCCUGUCCUUGCACCAGCACUCCACAAGGUGACCCUGGAGGAGGUGAUGACCACCACAGCUUACCUGGACCUCUUCCUGCGAAGUGUAACCGAGCCAGCACUGCUGCAGACCUUCCUCUCCUUCAUCCUCCUCCACCGUCACGAGAACGUCCACGUCUUGGAUACUCUAGUCAGCCGCAUCAACACACCUUUCCAGUUGGGGAUUGUGUCCUUGGCACUCUUCCGCACUCUCAUUGGUUUAUACUGUGAAGAUGUGAUGCUGCAGCUCGUAUUAAGGUACCUGAUCCCCUGUAAUCACAUGAUGCUGAGUCAGAGACGUGUAGUGAGGGAGCGGGACUGCUAUUCGGCCUCAGCAGCGAAAAUCCUGGCGUUAACGCCAUCCUGCUGCCCUCCCGAUCGCAGCCCGCCGCCACUCCGGCAGCUGGACUCCAUUCUGUUUUCCAAGGGCGGAGAGACUCCUGACAAUUCGGGAAACACAGAGGAAGAAAUGAGUUUCUCUGAAGAAAAUGAUGGCUCAGGAAACUCCUGCACCAUCGGGUCAGAAAUCUACCUGGAUGUCAGUUAUCUUCAUUACCUCUACGACGCCCGUCUGAGCAUCAGCAGCUGCAUACGUGCCUGCAGGGUGUGGUCAGCCCCGUACGAUGGCGAGGACCCACCUCCUGAGAAAUACCAGCCGGGUGUCCUCGAAGAGCCGGGGCUAACGAGUCGGCACCCCCAGAUCGCUCUCAAGAAAGCUCAACAUCCCUUUGCAUCGCAAGCAGGAUCCUGCGUGCCGCCGGGUACAGACCCGCUUCCUGUCAACCAGCUGGAGCUGGAGUGGGACGACAGUUACGACGCGUGCCCCGUGCAGACCGCCGAUGCUCCGGCAGAGAGCAGACCUCCCCAGCCGCCUCCUGCUGAGCCCCCGAAGCACAUCCAGCAGAUGAGGAGAACAGCACGAAUGUUGGUUAAAGGCUCAUACAUCGAGGAGAACGACUUCCAGGAUGACGUCAUGGUGUACGAUCUCAUCGCAAAGAAAGACUCCGGCGAUGUCGAGCGCACCAGUAAACCCAGUAGCUCGCAAACGGAAGAAACCAAGCCAGGCUCAGCUGACGUUCCCCUCAAAAAUGGGCUCAAUCUAACACUUCCAUGCUCUGCGAUCGUUGAUAAUAGCAGGAAUAGCUUGGACGCAAAGGCUAAUGGUCAGACGGAUUGCAACGCCAACCUCCAAAACACGACUGCUGUAGCGUUGGGUGACGAUCUCUUGGCUCAGUAUGAGGAGCUCAUUCGCACUUUGGACCCCGAAGCAGGUGGAAAACAGGUCAAAGCUGACAGAGAGGUGAAGAAGCCCAUCACGCCUGUGGAGGUGGUGGAGGAGGACGAGAUGGAUUUCGCCUCCUUCUCUGCUGAAACGCCAGAGCCAGAGAAACUGCAUUCACCAUUUGGGACAAUCAACAGGUUUCGCAGCGGGAGUGCGACUAAAAACCAUUCACUACCUUUUACAGGUCCAUUCAUCAGCGUGCUUUUAUCUCGUCUGGAGAACAUGCUAUCCAACUCGCUUCAUGUCAACCUGUUGCUGACGGGUAUCUUGGCCCAGUUAGCUGCUUACCCUCAGCCUCUGCUGCGCUCCUUCCUCCUCAACACCAACUUGGUUUUUCAGCCGACUGUUCGCUCUCUUUACCAGGUACUAGCCAUUGUAAAGAACCAGAUAGAGGAGCUGGCUGCCAGCAAGAAGGACUUUACAGAGCUGAUCACUGCUGCCCAACACUGUCUAAUGGCUCGGGAGCCCUCGUUCAUAGAAACAGACAAAAGCGGCGGCAGCAGCGGUUCCAACCACCACGAGGGGGGAAGGAUCCUAAAGAAUUCACCCCCACCAAAACCCAAAGCUAUCUCCCUGGAGCGGACCGAGGUCUUCGCUACCAUCCUCUUCACUGAGUUCCUUAAAGAACUGGCUGCAAUUGCACAAGAGCACUCCAUCUUAUCUUACAUUCCUAUGGAAGAGUAAUUGUGUCCCAUUAGGCCUCCGUCAAGAGUCCAGCCUAACUAGGAAAGAUUAUAAAAAGAGUCUCUUUUGAUAUUUAUGUCCUUUUUGGGCAGCGCUUGAUAGAAACCUUUUUAGAUCCAGUGAUUUUUAUACAACUACUUUUUAAAAAUAUAGAGUAUUUAUUUUCCAAGCAAAAGAAAAACUUCAUGAACUUUUUAAAUGUAUUCAUUCCACUUCUGGAAAGAAUUUGGCAGCCAAGGAGGAUUUCUCAACUUUGACCAGUUUGUUGCCUUUCACCAGCCGAAAUGUUCAUGACUAAGGCUCCAGCUCCACCACUAACCAAAGACUGUAGACAUUUAAAGAAUUAAAGCAGUCAUCAGCCCUUAUUUGAACCGUCUGGGUCCUGACCUCAACCCGAAUGUCUUCUACAACCAGCUCCAUCCACAGUACGACAUCUGCUGCUCAGUGUGGUACUCGAUAUUACUCAGGUGGCCUUUCAGAAGUGUUGCGUCUAUGGAUCACUGCAAGGUGCAGUGCUGGCAACUUCGCAGAAACGCACCCAAACUUUGUUCUUAUGCAACUGUUGUGACACUUAAUUCUUUGGCGAAAAUAUGUCUUCACGAAGGGGCGUUUCCACAAAAUCAUCGUGUUAGAUUUAGUUUCCUUCCCUGUUGAUUCACGACGGUACCUCAGGAGAUUUUCUUAAACAGCUGUAGGUGAAACGAUGCACUAGAUUUCCACACUUGUGGCCUCUGCGCCUUUCCAUAUCUGCGAAAAACCGACAAACCAGGUUCAGCAGUGACGUAUUUAACUGUCUGCCUUACCUUUAUGAUGCCUCAUAAUGUACAUAUUGUAUGCUCUGGUGACAAUCAAGAAUAAUUAAGUUCAGCAUGUUUCGUAACGGGAUCGGGGUAUUUAAGCUCUUUUUUUCUGUUGCCAUUUUUUUUCUUGAUGAGGUUAGUUGCUUUUUUUUGUUUGUUUUUAAGCGUGCGGUCCUUCGUCUGCUGAGGGUGUUGUGUUAGCUGUGAUCAGUUUGAAAUUUCAAUCAUAGUUCUGCAUCUGUUGAAAAUCAGUUUGGAUUGUGUUGAAGGUAGCCUGCUUUGAAUUGCCUUUAAUUUAGUCUGCACAUGGUUAUCAGUAUAAGGAGAUGCUAUGAGAUAUACAUAUAUAUUUUGUUACAAAGCAUGCUUCUUCUGAAUGAACCUUCCAACAUAGAAAUACUUGCAAAUUGUUGUCUAAGUUAUGAUUUCACUUCACAAUGUUGCCUGAUUUGUGAAGGAGUUAAACAAGAGCAAUAUGAAACUUUGCAGCAUGAGCUGAAAAUGUAGGUUUUUUUUUUGAUUGAGCAGAGGAAUGUGUGAACUACACCGAGUAGGUCAAUGGUCUUAUCUAGAAGUUGAGCUGAGAAGGUUGGAUUUUACUUUUAGGUUUAAAUCUGAAACAUGAAACUUUGUGUUUCAUUUUAAAUUGUUUUAUUCCUACUUGAUACAAAUACGUUUAUUUUUUCUUUACAAAACGGCUCAAAAUCUACAAGUCAAAGCCAUUUUCAGGACCGCUGAAUAGGUCUUUAUGAAUGUUGCAGAGCACUUUAUCAGCCUUCUAAUACCACAGUGCCACUCACUGUCUAACACCUCUGUGGCACGACUGCAGUUGAUCAACCAAUUUCAGUAGAUUUAUCUUCCAAAGACUCAUCUGAUACGACUUUUGAUCUGUUUUGUGUUCAAGAUUUAACCAGGCUGCUGUUCACUGUUGUCUCAGAUACAAAGGAAUGCCUCUGUUAAUAGUAAUAAUAAUAAUAAUAAUAAU